GGUUACAGUAAUUGUUGUGCUAUAAAGAAACAAGCUUUACAUGGAAGCACAAUAAAAGGGGACUGAAAUUAUACUGUAUCAGAAAGAAAGGCGUGAUCACCGAGUACCAUGGGGAACAGUGCCUUGAAAGCUCACAUUGAGACUGCACAGAAAACUGGCGUGUUCCAGUUGACAGACAAAGGUCUAACUGAAUUUCCUGAAGAUCUGCAAAGAUUAUCUGGAAACCUGCGGACGAUUGACCUUUCCAGCAACAAGAUUGAGGUGGUACCACCGAUGAUGGGGAAAUUCAGCCUUCUAAAGAGCUUGUCCCUAAACAACAAUCGGAUAAGUAGGCUUCCAGAUGAGCUAUGCAAACUUAAAAAGCUGGAGACCCUGCACCUAAAUGGUAACCAAAUUAGCCAACUACCAGCGGAUUUUGUGCAGCUCUUAGCCUUGAAAACUUUAAAUCUGUCUGGCAACCGGCUGAAAACUCUGCCAGCACAACUCUUCAAGCUAAGAAACCUGGAUGUGGUAGAUCUAUCAAAAAAUAGGAUCCAAGCCAUUCCCGACGAAGUCUCUGGACUGCAGGCCAUAGAGCUGAAUCUUAAUCAAAAUCAGAUAUCACAGAUCUCCGUGAAUAUUUCCCACUGUCCACGUUUAAAGGUGCUUCGUCUAGAGGAAAAUUGUUUAGAAUUAAGUAUGUUGCCUCCGAGCAUCCUCAGUGAUUCGCAGAUUUCUCUGUUGGCUGUGGAGGGGAACCUUUUUGAAAUAAAGAAGCUCAGAGAUCUGGAGGGCUAUGACAAGUACAUGGAGAAAUUCACAGCCACUCGGAAGAAGUUUGCUUGAAUGGGUUGACUAAGAGCAGUGACAAUGUACAUGCCGAUGCACAGGCAUGCUCUAAAUAUAGAGCUAGCUAGAUGUGGACCACAACUACACCAGAAGGAGCUUUCACAUGGGACAAAGGCACAGGAGACUGGAAGGCAGAUGACAAGAAUGUGUGUCUCAGGCCACUAAACACAUUGCUUAUAACUGAUUUGCGAGCCUUCAUGUAUGUUUGUUUACAAGUGCUAAAUUAGAUCAUGAAUAUACUGGUAAACAUAUCUAUAUGCAAAAGUUUGAUUAAAAAAAACAACUAACACACAAUAGUAAUCUAGAAUAAUUCCAUUUUUGUUUUUUUCUGAACAAAACUAGUAAACUAAUAAUGGAAGCUGUUUCCAGAUCAGCUUCACUGUUUAGAAACCAAAACUCUCCUACUUUGCAAAAUACUCAGGUAAUUUUAAUGGUUAAUGGACCAGUAACACCAGAAAAUAACAAUUUUCAAUUUAAUUUGUCUUCUCCAAUUUUUCGUUCCAGUAGAUGUGCAUUUAUUUAAGCUGUAACCCCUGGUUUUUUUUUUUUAUAUAUAUAUAUAUAUAUAUAUAUAUAUAUAUAUAUAUAUAUAUAUAUAAUAUACAUUUGUAACAUGUUUAUUAAAAUCCUGUACACUAUUAUUUAAA